GCAUAACUUCUGUAAAAUCUCCUAUUUUUGUACACAGAUUAAAUAAACAUUCUUUCUAAAGUGUGGAGGAGAUUUUAGAAAAAAACAAAGAAUGCGGUCUGAGCACUUCCUCUCGCUGUCCUGUGUUUCACGCCUAACAAAAAGUGUUUCCUGACUUGAAGCAGAGCGACCGAGUGUCGAGAGAUUGUGUCGAGCGUUCAGCAUGAGGAUCAUACAACUUCUGCUCUAUCUACUUGUGUGCUGUGGAGCUGCUGAAUGUUUCACAGAGAAGUCUGUAGAUUUGGGACAAAAUGUGACUCUAAAGUGUGAAGUGGCUGUGAAAGACGUGUACUGGUUCCUGAUGAAGGCGUCAGAACCUCCAGUGUUUAUAUUACGCUCUUUUAAAAUAAAACCUUUGGAUGCACAAUACAGUAACACAACCUUCAACAAGACAUUCUCACUUUUGUAUAACAGCAGUUUAUUUAUACACAAUAUCAGUACUAAUGAAUUAGGAGUAUAUUGUUGUAUUCAUACUCCUAGUAGUUCACCUCUAAUCAUCAGCCGUGGAAUCAGACUUUACAUCCAGAGUCACUCAGCUGGAAAUCAGACCACGAUUAGAGAAGAUGAACAGAUGCAGAAUCAGACGGACAAGGAACCUAAAGUGAUCUAUUCCUUACUUCAACCUUUCAUUGUAUCAGUAAUAAUGAACUGCACUCUGGCUCUUGUGGUUUCAGUUUUUACGGUUGAGCGCUGCAGAAGAUCUCCAAAAACCCAAACACAACCUCCUGGUUUACAUCAGCAACAGGACAACAUCAACCCUGUGUAUGCUGAGGUGCAGUACAACGCGAGAAACAGAUGUGUCACCACGACUGGCCCCAACAGCACAUACGCUCUACUGCAGGCACCAAACCCGUGACCCGGCAAGAUCUCACCCAGAACAGUGACCUCACCCAGACCUCCCACAGCUGGUCCACAUCACAUGGACUUUAUAUGCUAUUUCUUCUUAUUCAAGAAUUCCCUUUUUUUAAGCUACUGAUUUGUGAUGGACAAUUCACUAAAGAUUCAUUUGUGCAGUCAGAUGAAUCAACUCACAAGCACAAACAAAUCUUCAUCUUCUUAAUUUUUAAAGCUUAAUCUUUAUAAUAUAAAUCUAUAUAUUUAUAUUUGAAAUGGGAUUUUUUUAUAUGGAUGUAGUAGUUACAAAUGAAACCUUGACAGUGUUAGAGUUGUGUAAAGAGAUUAUGUGAAAGAAUCAAAUCACUGAGGUGACUCAGUGGGCUGAAGUGAGUCAUGUCUAGUCAGUGUUCUGGCUAGAAAGUCAGCCACUUUAACAAGCAUUUAAAAAUAAUAAGAAAAAAAACAUUCAGUUUGUACUGACAAGACUUUUUGUCGUUAUUUGCCCUCUCGCUGGUCGAGAGAUUCCCAUAAUGUGCUGAACGGGUUUCAGAUUCAGUGUUUACAUUCGGUUUAUGUGUCUUAAAUAUGACCGUGCAAUUAAAUACAGUAUCUUUAGCCUGAA